GUUUUCUUGAGUUACAAAGCGUUAAGCCAUUAAACUGGACCAUCUUAAUUGUUAUCAGCUCUUUAUAGUUGAACAUUAAGUUGAACAUUUUUCUUUUUCCUCUGUUUUUUAAUUAUCCAGUUUUGGACCAGAGUGGGUUUGACCAUCACAAAUUUUUAAUUUCAACAGCAAUUUUAUUUUUGCAACUCUUUACAACAAAUUUUAUACAUUGUUUUGCUCAUUCAACUUUGAAAAAUAUUCAAAUUUCAAUUUAUUUAUCUAUUCCAACACAACGGUCCAAUUUAUUGGUCAAAAGCUACGAUUUUUAAAACUUGCUUUGUUUCCAUCACAUUAUCAACAUCAUUUACAAGUCAUACCAUUUCAUCUUUAACAUCAACCUGAUUAGUCGUAACCUCACUUAACACAUUGGCAAACAUCCAUGUUAUAAAUUGGUAAAGUUAAUUGCUCUUUGGAGUUUGCUUGAUUGGCAAAAUUAAUUGGUCAACAUAAAGGAAAAGAUUAUUAACUUAAGUCUGUUGGCAAGAAAACAAUUAAUUGGUUAAUUAAAGAUGACUUUGGUCUCGAGUGAGUUCUGUACAGGAACCAGAAAGAAAAAUGAUUCUGAUGAUUUUCACAAAGAACAUGAUCAUUCGGGUAAAAUGCAUGAAACUGAGGGAAAAAUUAUACGCAAUGAUAAACUGGAAAAAUACAAUAACAACUUUAACCAGCAUCAUAAUGGCACUACAAAUGAUGAGACUGUGCGAGAAGCACAACCAUCAAGUCAGUUAAAACGGUUAACAAAUGGUGACUCGGUUGCUGAUAAAAUGGAGAGUGACCCUUCAAACCCGACAAAUGAAACGGGCAGAGCUCGGUGGGACUCAAAGUGGGAAUUUUUACUCUCCUGUAUUGGCCUAUCGGUUGGUAUUGGUAAUGUUUGGCGUUUCCCUUACUUGGCUUAUGAAAAUGGUGGCGGAGCUUUCCUUAUUCCCUACUUGAUCAUGUUGACCUUAGCAGGUAAACCAAUGUAUUUUAUGGAACUGACUAUUGGCCAGUUUGUAUCCAAAGGUCCACUUUCCAUUUGGUCUUGUUGUCCCCUUGCCAAAGGUGUUGGUGCUGCAAUGGUUUCCGUUUGUCUUUGUGUUUGCAUCUUUUACAAUGUUGUCCUUUCCUAUGCUCUUUAUUUUAUUGGAUCGGUUUUCCGUUAUGGCCUACCUUGGACAAGUUGUGAUCACGAGUGGGCUGCUGGAACCAACUGUCAGGUUCGAUCAGAAAACGUCACUUUCAGGGAAGGAUCCAAAUCAUCAAGUGAAAUUUUUUGGGAGAAUAAAGUUUUGGAAUCAACUGAUUCAAUUGAAAACCUUGGUGGAAUCAAAUGGGAUCUUGCAAUGUGCCUUGCAAUUAGCUGGUUAAUCACAGUUUUGUGUUUAGUUAAAGGGGUUAAAACGAGUGGUAAAGUGGUUUAUUUUGCAGCCACUUUUCCUUAUUUCAUUUUGUUUUCACUUUUACUCGUUGGAUUUACGCGAACCGGUGCAUGGGAAGGAGUUAAAUAUUUCAUUACACCUUCAUGGGAUAAAUUGUUAUCUAUUCAGGUUUGGCUGGCAGCAGCAAGUCAAAUGUUUUUUUCACUUGGCGUCUCAAUGGGAGCGUUAAUUAUGUACAGCAGUUACAAUGGUUUUAGGCACAACGUUUUUCGUGAUGCUAUAGUGGUCAGUGUUCUGGAUACGGCAACAAGCAUAAUUGCUGGUUUGGUCAUUUUUUCAGUUCUCGGUGCUUUGGCUCAUGAACUUGGUAUUGAAGUUAAAGAUGUGGUACAAUCUGGUCCUGGUUUAGCUUUUGUCAUUUACCCAGAAGCACUUUCCCGUCUACCAUUUCCUGAAUUAUGGUCAGUGGCAUUUUUUGCCAUGCUUUUCAUUCUGGGUCUUGAUUCAGAGUUUGCUCUUUUGGAAAGUAUUAUUACCAGUUUAUGUGAUGAAUUUCAUUUUGUACGAAAACACCGGUUAGCAUGUUGUUUUGGCCUUGGUACAUUCUGCUUUCUCGUUGGUUUAACUUGUGUUACACGCGGUGGUAAAUAUGUCUUUGAGAUUCUGGACUAUUAUGGAAGUGGUUUACCUUUGGUCUACAUUGCUGUUGUUGAAUGUAUUGCCGUUAUGUGGAUUUAUGGAUUCAAAAAUUUUGCCUACGACAUUCAAUAUAUGCUUGGCCGUCGUGUUGGCCUGUACUGGAAGUUGACUUGGACCUGGACUUCUCCCCUGGUCCUAUCCUUUAUUGCUAUAUAUUCACUUGCAACCCAUAAACCUUUGAAACUUGGUAAUUAUGAUUUUCCUUGGUGGGCCGAUGUCGUUGGCUGGGGAGUUACACUCACCAUACUUGGUCAAAUACCUAUUUGGGCUAUUUACAGUAUUAUUAAACAAGAUGGAAGUUCAGGAUUGUUAGAGAGAAUCAAGAGUAGCUAUCAAACGACAGAAGAUUGGGGACCUCAAAAUCCAGAGACUAAAAGAGAUUGGAAAUCAAAGAAAAAUGGCAUUGGAAGUGCUUUCAUGGGAGUUCGAUCUGAAUUUUACGAAAAAAAGGAAUCAGCUAAGCUGAAAGGUUUCACAAUGAAUGGAGUUUCAUAAAUAAUUUUUUCACACAAGCCUCCAAUUAAGGCUAAUCACAGUUGGGACAAGCUAAGAACGAUCAAGUUCAACCAAUCUUAGUCCAAUCUGUUAUUCACAAGGAACAUUCGAUUGAUGAUCAACUUCGAUAAUGGUUUUAGAAAUUGUAUUAACCAAUAAUUUUACGAAGGUUGUGAUCGUGAUCAUUGUAAACGAAAUACAAUAAGUGUAUGAAUUUCCUCAAUUUUUGUAAAUAUUCCCACCUUGAAGCCAAAGUUGCUAUUGUAUCACUUUUAUUGGUUUGUAAUCGCUGUGAUGACGAUAAUGUCUUUUUUUUAAUAUUUUUGACCAUAGAUUAUAUGUUUAGAUCAUUGUUAAAGCGAUAUAUAAAUACAAUGAAUGUUACUAUUCGCUUGAAUUUAAAAAUGUCCUUCAAAUUGAGCAUUAAAAUCAAAUCACAUUUGACAGACACAAGAAAAUGAUGAUAUUAUAAUUGA